GACAGAAUCCCACAAGGAUCCGCACUGGCCUCCCUCAGGCCUCCACGUUGGCGCCAGCCCACACCCGUGAGGACUCCCCGAGCGCCCCAGACGCGGCCCAGGGGAGGCGUGCCACGUGACCGCACUCGGCGGAGGUGGCGGGGCCGCACGGCCGCGACGCUACCUGGUCGCCGCGCAACGGCGCGACGCUGCGCAAUGGAGGCUGGCGGCAGCAGGGAGGUGGAGGCCAGGAAUUACUUGGAAAAGCAUCGGAUUAUGGAGUUGCUAAACUAUCUUACCAGCUCCCUGCUCUUUUUCCGGCCAGAAAAACCAAGACAGCAUUUAAUAUCUUUGUUGGAACAGCUGAGAAUUGCCAGAGUGACAGCUGUGUCUUUUCCUUUCCUUAUGGACCACUCUAACAUUGUGGCUAUGUUUGAGAUGAUGGACACCUCAAAUAAAGGCACCAUAACAUUUGUGCAGUACAAAGAAGCCCUAAAAGCCCUGGGUCUCUAUAAUGAAGAUGAAGGUUUGAAAGAUGAUGGAUGUGGAAUAACUCUGGAUAAAUUCAGGCAAGAAGUGAACAAGAGGACUCAGGAAAUAUGGUCAACAUUUUAGUAACACCGUAAGUCCAAGAUAAUAAAUGAUUCUAUAAAGUU